AUGUACCUCAAGGGGUGGAGCGCUGCUGUCCCUACUAUGAAGGAAGAUGUGGGUAAGAUGCUCGCUAUAAUGGAGGCAGCCCACAAUAAGGAGCAGCACGCCCUCAACGGAAACAUAUUCCCCAAGGCCGCACCGGACUCGAUCAAAACCGUCCACGCUUUGAUCGACUGCAACAAGACAUGGCCGACCAUCAAGCAGCCCGACAUCCCGAUACAGGAGCAGGGGCGUGAGAUCCAGGAGGUGAGGGAGAUAAGGACUAAUAUCAUGCUGGCGUGUGAUAGAACCUAUACAGUUCCGACCCGGGCAGGGACGUUCCAACAGUGCAUCAUUAAUGUUUCAGCGCUAGCAAGGAAUGGGAUGUGGGAGGCCCUUGUCCUGGGUCAGGAGGACCAGGAGAACGCGGGAGGAGGCGGAGGAGAGCCGCAGGCGAAUCAACCCCCAGCCGGUGGAGGGCAAGACCUGAAUAUGUUAGGUGGAAGCGAUGAGUCAACAGCAUCGUCAAACAGCCUCCAGCUAAGGAAUAGAGUUGUCUAG